GACGUAACGGAGAAACAGCAGACGCAAGAGCAGAGAGGGAGGAGAAACAACGAGGAUAUACGUAACCGGGAUCUCAGCUGUAUUAGCGGAAGACAGGAUUCAGGCUUCCAGUGACAACCGAAACAGCAAUAUGAGGAACUAGUCCAGGGAAGAGCGAAUCAAACAUGGAUUAAACAUACGCGCUUUCUCAACUGACUGCACUCGCGCCGCCAUUCAUUCAAAUUAUCGUGUAGUUGCAUUGAUUUUACGUCACAUAUAGCCUACCGUAUCGUACGUAGUACAGCACCAGAAUUGCUAAGUAAGGUAGCCCACCUCAGCAAAUAGGCAGAGUAUCUGCUCUUUAAAUCCGCGUGUGUAGGACAAGACACUGCGUUAUAAUUUAUGUGAUAGUCCUUUGUAGGAUUGACUGUUUUGCUCACUGGUUUCCUUGGUUGUUUUCGAGGCACCAGCAAUGUUCUCUGAAUUACUGGGUUCCUGACACCCAGUGUGAACUAUCCUGCAGUCUUCUGACUCCAAAAUAAAGUGAGAAGAUUUUCAGCAUACACAACAAGACUAAAGACCUUUGGCUUUUGAGCAAAAGGUAUCAUGUCUUCCAGAGAGCGACGCUCCGACCUGUACAUAAAGGCUGAACCCAGCAGUCCUGAGGGAGGAGGAGGAGGAGGAGGAGGAGGAGGAGGAGUAGGAGUAGGAGGCGGCGGCGGGAGGACCAGCCCGGGAGGAGCGUCCUCAGACUCCUCUCAGAGUGCAGGAGGGGGUUCCAGAGGAGAAGGCGCUGGCCGCUACUCCCCGCCCCUUUACACCCCCGCUCUACGUUGCCAUUUUAAGGAGGAGGGUGCAGAUGGAGCCGAGGAGGGCUCUACCGGCAGCGGGGGAGGCCGCUGCAAGUAUGCACUAAGCACGCUUCCCAAAAGGCUGUGCCUGGUGUGUGGAGAUGUGGCGUCUGGCUACCACUACGGAGUGGCUUCAUGUGAAGCCUGUAAGGCUUUCUUCAAAAGAACCAUACAGGGCAAUAUUGAGUACAGUUGUCCCGCCUCUAAUGAAUGUGAGAUCACCAAGCGCCGCAGGAAGGCCUGUCAGGCAUGUCGCUUCACCAAGUGCCUCAAAGUAGGCAUGCUCAAAGAAGGAGUCCGCCUGGACAGAGUCAGAGGAGGACGGCAGAAGUACAAGAGACGCCCGGAGGUGGAGAAUGCCACGUACCAGAGUGCACCGAUACCUUUAAGAAAAGAGGGAGAGAAGGGUUCAUCCAGCAUCAUUGUGUCUCAUCUGCUGGUGGCGGAGCCAGAAAAGCUGUUUGCUAUGCCAGACCCCUUGCAGCCCGACACGGCCCAGCGCACGCUCACCACUCUCUGUGAUCUGGCCGACCGGGAACUAGUUGUUAUCAUCGGCUGGGCCAAGCACAUUCCUGGCUUCCUCUCUCUGUCACUGGCUGACCAGAUGUCCGUACUGCAGUCGGUGUGGCUGGAGGUGUUGGUGUUGGGGGUGGCUUACCGCUCUCUUGGCUGCGAGGAUGAGGUGGUGUUUGCAGAGGACUUUGUGCUGGAUGAGGAGAUGUCUCGUGUGGCCGGUCUGACCGAACUCAAUGCUGCCAUCAGUCAGCUCGCACGCCGUUUCAGGGCCCUGCAGCUGGACCGCGAGGAGUUUGUCAUGCUCAAGGCCAUCGCGCUCACCAACUCAGAUUCGGUGUACAUUGAGGACAUGGAGGCCGUGCAGAAGUUACGGGACCUGCUGCAUCAGGCUCUGCUGGAGAUGGAGGUCCAGCGACGCCCUGACGACCCCCAGCGUGCCGGACGCCUCCUCCUCACCCUGCCUCUCCUCAGGCAGACCGCUGGCCGGGCCCUCACCACCUUCUACAGCAUCAAGACCCGCGGCGGGGUGCCAAUGCACAAACUCUUCCUGGAGAUGCUGGAGGCCAUGAUGGACUCACCCUAGAGAAUAAACGACGGAUGAAUGAAGGAUGAAGAAAAAGGACAAAACGUUUGCCCGAAGUCUUUUUGUGUCGCAAGGGCUACAAGAGCCAAAAGAGAACUUUGUUUGGGGGGGUUGAAUAUGAAGAAGACGCUUUGUGUAGCUGUCCGCCAGUACUGGUCUUUCACAUCCAAUCCUCCUCCUCCAUUAGAUAGAUUUCAAUGGGUACCACAUCAACCAUAGGCUUGGGUCAGUUCAGACACUUCAUAUUUAUAUCAGUCAGUGUUAGGUAAACCACAGACAACGUGUAAUUCAUUCUGUCACCUCACGGCCAUCCUGAUAAGUGUUUCUAGGAACUAACCAUUACUGUAAACUCAGAGAAAUUUACGUGCCAAGGGCGCCUACUGAGACUGCAGCAAUAUGAACUCUUACCUGAAUCAUACGAUUCAGUGAUAUCUCCUCAUUUACUGAUAGUAGGCCACCAAUCACUACAGUUAUAAUCAAGCAAUUAAGCUUUCUUUCUCUCCUUAAAUUGGUGCAUAAAAGGCACUUGUGUAAAAUUAAUGUCUUUUAUAAUGCACUCACCAUACUACAAGUGCUAUCUAACUUUGUCCCGCUAGCUUUUUGUGAAAUAUGCAAAACAUAAGUCAAGACUUACUGGAGAAAAGACCAACUUCAGUUUACUGGUGUACACUGGUACUGCAACAUCAUAUUACGGAAAGCAAUAUGAAAGACUUCAUAACCCAUUUGAUGUCAGCCUUUUUUCUUUUUUUCUUUUUACGAGAGGCUGCUCUGUCACGUCCUGCUUUGAAACUAAAUUUAGUUGUGGAGUAGUCGCAUAACAGACACUUUUUUUGAUUGUAGAAAAUUUCCAAGAAAACCAGGCCGUCUUUUGUAUAAUAGCCAGUUGUUUUAAAGAUUAACAUCGUCGUUUUGGGAUACAGGUGUGAACAGGAGACUAUGGGUACUAUAAAUGCUGAACUGAACCAACAAUGCGUCUAAAUCAGGGUAAACAGGGAGUUUGUUCCUCCUGUAGGCCACUACUGUAGUUUUUGUUUCGUUUUUUUGCUGUGAUCAUUUGUUUGGAGGCCUUAGGACCUUCCGGUGACGUCCUCGAGUCAUCAGAUGAAACUGGCCUGCUUGUCACCGAUUGAGCCAAUGGUCAAGCUUUUUCAUUCGUUCAGAGAAAAGAUCAUAUUCCGUGUUGUAAUCCUCCAUUUUUACAUGGCCGCAGCCGGACAGUCUGCGUCAUUCUGUGAUAUUCAAAGUCAAACUGAAAGCCUCUGUGGUUUAGAGCAACAUUAAAUGCAAAUUGGAAAGCCUCACGAGAUGGGCUCCAACAGAGCCCUCGCUUCGAGACUCUCCGUUGGGUUCUUUUAAGAUAUGUUUGCGUAGUCUCCUCACAGUUGUUUGUUUGCAGACACUCGUCUGAUAUUAUAUGCAAUCAUACUCCGUUUAGAGUGCUACAACUCCGCUACCUUUUAUUUAUUCUACACAUGUGGAGGAAGAAAAGCCAGUUGCCAUUUUGGCCUCUUUACCAAUUUAAGUACUAAAAAUGAAAACCACUGAUGUGCAGAGACAGACCUCGGAGGUGACGCCACAUUUUCAGGGUGAUUUUCACUGUAUGAUGUUUGCAGCAAUGAUUGUAUGAGCGCUCUGAAAGUGGUUCACUGCAAAUACACGCCAUAGACGCAGAUGGAAAGAAUCUUCCAUGGUUGAUAUUUAUGAUAUUUUCAGCUCAAGACUAGUUUCAAUCUGGGUCUGCAGAGUUUUGGCCCAAAAUACUUAGGAGACGUAUUGUGAUGCAGGCCUGUUGGAUGAUCAUACGAGUUGCUGUUGCUCAUGGCAUGAUUUUAGUUUUUGGUUUUCCAUAUACUACUCUAUGAAGCUUGGCCUCAGGUUUGGUAUUGAAAUAAAGCAAUUAAUUUGGGAGAUUGUUAUAAAAUGUCUGUUUUGUAUUGAAUUGGUUUUUUAGAUUUCUCUUUUUGUGGUUGAAGUACUAACUUUAAGACAUAUGAAAGCCAGUGGACAUUAUAUUCCUGUCUUUUUUUGUGUGUGUGUGUUGUUGACAUUUCUAUUCAAUAUAGUCUUGCAGUUCCAGGCACUAAUAUAUGUGUUGAUCAUUGCAAAACUUCCUCUUUCUCUCUAUUUUUUCUUUAAAAUACUGCCAGUUUGGCUGUUAAGGGAAUUUUGCUAUAUUUCAAGAAACUCGAUAUAAUUUUUGAUUCAAUCUAUAUGCGUUUAUCAAAGCUAAAAGUUUUUUUCCUAACAUUUCAGUAUGUUUUUUUUCUUUUUCUUUUAUACACAGGAGUUAAUGUCUCUCCUAAGUGGUUAUUGGGAUGUCAUGAUUUGUGUACAUAACCACGAAUGAGUGGGUCCAUUCAAAGACAGCUGUAAAAUAUGUCAAUGUUUGUGUCAAUAAUAACUCUAAUAUAAUGAUGAUAUUACAGUAGUGUUUUCAUAAUGGUAAACAUUAUAUAAAGCCAUUUUGUCUGUCAGACUUAGAACAUAACAAAUGAUUGAGAGAUAAAUUAAAUUCAUGGCUAGGUGUUUUUGUGUGUCUGUGUAUAUUUAUGUAAAUGAGCAAUACCAGAAUUUACCAAAAUGUUUGUUUUCACAUUUUACUGUAUAUUCAUAUACUGUAAAUCAAACCUCAACAGUAACACUAGUGAUAACAGUCAAUAGUAAUAAUAAGUACAGUAAAGAGCAAAUCAAUAUUUGUAUUCCAAAAUAUUGUAUUUAAAAGAUUAAAAUCUAUUUUUUACUCAAUUUGCGGAUGUUUAUUAAUAUUAUUGUUCUGGUAUUUGUUUUUGGUUGAAGUCAAAUGAUUGUAAAUGUCUGUGCUUUGUUUCCUUUUUGUAAAGCUCAGUGGUUCAGCAGUAGUAAUACACUUUGUUUAUAUUGAAUCACUGUGAAGAGAAAGCAAACACUAAAACAACGGGAAAAAUAGAGGUAUUUUAAAAUAUUGUCAGUGUCAAUGUUUUUUGUAAUAAAUUAACAACCGUCAGUCA